CAUGGGGACCAGCCGGCGGAGUCAGUCCUUUCGAGAACCCCAGUCUUGCUAUGGGAAGCUCCAGGAGCCCCAGGGGAGGUCCCUUGAGGGCCGACUCCACAGAGCACUGAGCCUAAGACAGGGCCGUGAGAAGUCCAGAUCCCAGGGCCUUGAUGAGGGCAUGGAAGGGCUAGAGGCCUCUGCUCACGAGCGGCUUCCAGGGACCCUGGGAGACACAGAGCAGCUGAUCCAAACCCAGGGACGAGGCAGCCAGCGGUGGCUGAGGCAAUACCAACAGGUUAGGAGAAGGUGGCAGAGCUUUGUCGCUAGCUUCCCUGGGGUGACCCUGAAUCGACCUGCCUCCCCAGAGCCCCCACUGGACACCAACAGCUAGAGAUGCUGUAGGAGAUGGCCCCUCGCGGCACCCUGCUGGACUGCUACAGCUCCCCAUCAGUUUCUUUGCGGCUUUUCUGCACUCUGGACUGCUCUGACCUUUGGCUUUUCUCGUGUGACCCACGGAGGCCUCUGCCACAGUUCGUUCAAGGUCCUAUGUGGCUGCCUUCUUGGCUCUCAGUAAAGACCUUUGGGCCUGAGAAGAAGGGGUUCAUCUCUCUGCCUUCUAGACUGGGAGACCCCCUCAACUGACAUUUGAAGGUCUCGGGAACCUGCACAGAAGUGGAAGUGUUGACCCCCUAACCCCCCACAGACCAACUGUCCACUUCCAAGACAGAGUUCAGUGAAGCCAUACGUGGCUGAGAAGUUCUUGGAUGUUGCCUGGUCACAGAGCCAAGCUCCACUCGGCUUUCUGGUCCUCUGCUAGUGACAGGCCAGGACACAGAGCAGACAGCCUCAAAGGCAAGUCUGGACGGUCCUCUGUGCUGGGUACUGAAUGGCUGAGAGGCUCAAGCAUGCAUUUUGUUGCCUUUUGGCCUCAUGGUGUCCCGGUGAAGAAGGCAGGGGAAGUCUUCCCUCCUAUGUGACAGAGGG